AUGUCAGCAACAACAGUAACAACAAAUGCUGGUAUUCAAAUGCCUCGUUUAAUCUAUGGUACAGCUUGGAAAAAAGAAGCAACUACACAACUUGUUAUUAAAGCUAUUUUAAAUGGAUUUCGUGGUAUUGAUACAGCAUGUCAACCAAAACAUUAUAGUGAAGAUCUUGUUGGACAAGCUCUUGUUGAACUUGAAACAAAACAUAAUAUAUCACGUAAAGAUUUAUUUAUUCAAACAAAAUUUACAGCUAUUCGUGGACAAGAUACAUCAAAACCUUUACCAUAUGAUCCUAAUGCAUCAUUACCUGAACAAGUUCGACAAUCAUUUACUAGAUCACUUAAAAAUUUACAUACUGAUUAUAUUGACUCACUUGUUCUUCAUAGUCCAUUACAAUCACAUGAUUUAACAAUGGAAGUUUAUCGUGAAUUUGAAAAAUUUGUCGAUGAUGGUCGUGUUAAACAAUUAGGUAUAAGUAAUUUAUAUGAUUUAAAUGGUUUGAAAAAAUUAUAUGAAGAUGCUCGACAUAAACCUUCCGUUAUACAAAAUCGUUUAUAUGCUGAAACUAAUUUUGAUAGUGAUAUAAGAAAAUUUUGUCAAGAAAAAAAUAUUUUUUAUCAAAGCUUUUGGACACUAACAGCUAAUCCAACAAUUCUUAAUCAUCCAUUAGUAAAACAACUUGCACAAGAACGUCAUGGAACAUCUGCUCAAAUAUUCUUUCGUUUUUUAAUAGAUAUUGGUUUAACACCAUUGACUGGUACUACAGAUGAAAAACAUAUGAAAGAAGAUUUACAAGUUCUUCAAUGGCCUUCACUUGAUAAUGAUUCAAUUGCAAAACUUAAAAAACUUAUUCAUGAUUAA